AUGCUGCACGCCAUUAAUCCUGACAUACCCCCGGAACGCACGGCCAAGAUGCAGGUUCGCGAGGUGACCCCACAGAUGCAGGGAAUCGCCGUUGAGGAGUGUGGAUUCGGGUCGCAGCUGACUUCGGCGACUUCGGCGUCUCCGGUCGCCGCGGCGGGUGGGGCCGAGUGGCCGAACUGGUCCCGGAUGGAAGGUCCAAAUUGCCACGGCGGAAGAGCUCCACGACUCCGACACUUGCUUGGAUACUCCCGAGGCCGUUACCAUCGUCGCCAAUGA